AAAAGCUCUGCGACGACUUUUAUUUUGACAGCGCAGUUGUUGUAAGUUCCGGGUUCACAUCUACUACUUCCCGACCAUAGUUCCGUUCACUACAGAAAAUCUAAAAAACUUUGAGGAUGUUGUUUAGGUAAAAUAAGAUAAAGAAAAUGAAUUGUUUUGCUUUUCACAAUGCACGCUGUAACAACUGAACCACAUAUGCUAUUUAAAAGAAGUUCUGUCGGCAUAAACAGAAAUAGGUUUUGGUACUUCUCUUACCUGUUCAGUUGCAGAUGGACUUCCUCACUCUGUUUGGUGUAUAUGUGGUGGUGGUGCUCACCUGCAUUGCGCUGGUUUGUAAAUAUUCAGGACAUCAGCAGACUCCUCUCGGUCGGCUGUUUGAUUCGGUCACAAGGGUUGUAUCCCCAUGGAUUCCUCAAUGUGUACAGAGCAUUUGCUACAGGGCUAUGCACAUAUUGUUCCAUCAGAGGAACAACUUCUUCCUCUACAUGCAUCUGUUACUUGAAAUUGCUGUGUAUACAGAGUUCUCCUAUGAGAUUUUUGGCUUCUGUUUGGACAUGGGCACAAGUUUAAUCAGCUUGUGUGUUCCUUAUAUCCUUCUCGCACUGAAAUCCUACGUGUUCUACCUGUGUUGUAGUAGAGAUCCAGGCACAUUAACAAAGGAGAAUCAUACUGCGCAACUCAAGGUGUACCAAUAUGAUGAAAAACUCUUCCAGAAGGGAAUCAGGUGUCCAACCUGUGACCUGGUGAAACCUGCCCGCUCCAAACACUGUAGAGUUUGCAACCGCUGCGUCCAGAGGUUUGACCACCACUGUGUGUGGGUGAAUAACUGCAUCGGUGCUCAGAACACCAGGUACUUCCUGCUGUACCUAUUGAGUGUUUGUGCCGCGGCGGGUGAUAUUUCAGUCCUUAUAGCAGACAUGUUAGUCCAAACUGUCGUGAGGACCGGACUUCUUCAUGCUCACUACCUUGAUGAGCAGGGUCAGCAACAACCUGUUGGACCGCUUUUUAUCAUCCAGCAUCUUUUCCUGACCUUUCCAAGGAUCGUCUUCAUGCUAGGUUUCCUAGUAUUUGUCUUUUUCCUUUUAGCGGGUUAUUCUAUGUUCCACAUGUAUCUGGCUUUGGUAAAUCAAACCUCCAAUGAGUGGUUUAAAGGGAAAGGCCACAGUUGUCAGCAUUGCUAUCCUCAUUCGGGACAUCGUUGCAGGACCUCAUACAAUCCAUUCAGAGGUUUCCAUCACAGAGGAAUCCUCAAAAAUCUUGGGGAAAUCUUUUGGCCUUUAUGUCCUGUUGUGAAAAAAGACAAUUAAACAUGUUUUAUUUCUA